CUCGAAAUUGUGAGUUGUCCCAUGGGGUCUCCCUGUGCUCGUCCAUAUAAACCUGUCGCAGAAGAAAACGCGAUGAUCGAAAUCCGGGUCCCCUUUCUUUAAGCUGAUCAUUCGUUGCGCCCGCCUCUCUCCCCGUUUUCAACAAGAUCGCCACAAUGGAGCCCAUGGAGAAGUAUCAAGGACACGACGAAAAGGAAGAGCUACACCACGUCGAGGAUGGCAAGAUCGUCACCGAUGUCGAACCUACCGCUUUACAGCAAGGAGGACUGGACACGUUGAGCGAGGGGAGGAACCCAUGGAAGGUCUUGCUCGAGAACCCUAAAGCGUUGGCCUUGAUCAUGGCAGUGCAGUCGAACGCGAUCAUUGUCGGGGUCGAGUUCUCCCUUCCUGGCAACCUGCUAGGUAUCACCGCCUUCAAUAAGCUGUUCGGAGUCUGGUCCGAGACAGACGGCAAAUAUGCCGUCGAAGCCAAAGUUCUGACCAUCUGGGGUGCCCUAUUCGCCACGUUUCAGGUUCUCGGUCAAUUCACCGGCGGAGAAUGCAACGAUCGCUUCGGUCGACGCCUGACCCUUUACUCGGUCAUCUUCUUCACCAUGAUUGGCGUCAUGCUAGAAGUGAUCGCCACGACUUGGCAGAUGUGGCUCGGGAGCAAGAUCGUGAUCGGUUUCGCCACCGGGAUCAUGCAAGCCACCGUGCCUUGUUAUGUGACCGAAGUCAGUCCCCGAGAGAUUCGAGGUAUCAUGUUGUCGUUCUUCAAUAUGGCCAUGAACAUUGGCGGGCUGGCUGCGACCGUCAUCCCUUGGGCUACCAACAAACGCUGGCCCGGCGAGGACGACCUUCGAUCGUUCCGGGUCCCCCUCUACGUCGCCCUCGCCGCUCCCGUCUUGACCCUCAUUGCCGAAGUCUUCCUUUUGGUAGAGUCGCCUUACUGGCUCAUGAUGAAGGGACGAAAGGAGCAAGCUCGUAAAGCUUUGGCUUUUAUCAACCCCAAGUCCUCGGAGGUGGAUCUCGAUCGCGCGGUGGCCGUUCUCGAAUACACGUUGGAGAAGGAGGCAGAGGCCAACGAGCAGCACCGAAACACGACCUACCUGGAUUGCUUCAAGGGAGUGGAUCUGCGACGAACCUUCUGCGCCGUCUUCCCGCCGAUCUCUCAGAACCUUACCGGUCAGAACUUGGUCGGCACUUACGCCACUUACUUCUUCGUCAUCGCCAAACAAAGCGACCCCCUCAUCUCGAGCGUGAUUACCACCUCCGUCGGUCUCGCAUCCAACUUCAUCUCAUUCUUUUUGAUCGAGAAUAAGAGGAUCGGGCGAUGGAUGCUGCUAUUCGUCGGUAUCAUCGUCAUGACCCUCUGCAUGCUUGGGCUUGGUAUCACCGACGUGGUCGCGAAAUCCGACUUCAGCCAAGCUCAAGGGUCCGUUCUCGUCGCCCUGGUUUCGAUCUUCCUCGCCGCAUCUACCAUCGGACCGGGAGUCGCCGGCUGGGCCUAUACUGGAGAAUCCGGGUCAUCAAGAUUGAGAGCCAAAACUACAACGUUAGGGACGGUCGGGAACGCAAUUGUGGGCUUGAUCAUGACCAGUGUCUUGCCGUACCUACUGAGCGCAGACUCUGGCGCCAAAUGGGGCGUCAAGACGGCCUUCCUCUUCGCCGGUCUUGGGGCCGUUUGUAUCGUCAUCAUCUAUCUCUUCGUACCCGACUACACUGGCCGUACGUUCGCCAUGUUGGACGAACUCUUCUAUCGCCGGAUUCCCGCUCGCCGGUUCUCCAAGACCGAAUGUACCGGCGAGUACGGUAACGAGGACGUUGGACGAGCUUGAAGUCGGGUCGGGUGAAGGUAUCUCUGUGAGAGAAGGAUUAUUGUACUAUCGAGUGCAUUCAGGACAUGGUAUUAGUUCAGCAACCUCAACGUACAUUUCAACGAUUCCGGCCAGAUGCAUGACAUGAUCGGUAGGAUGAAGCAUCUCGAGCGCCA